ACAUAUAUGAAUAAACAGUGACAAUGUGUAUGUGUGGGUGUCAUUUUUUAUGUUGGGAAAUCCAUUGUUGACAAUUAUUCAUUUUUGAAGUUUUUCAUUACUAAAUUAUUUUGAAUAUCAGGAAUUUACGACUCAGUUAUUAUUAUAAAUGUAAAAAUCGUUGCAAUAACUUAUUGAGAGAAAUGACAAACAACCCAAUUAAACAAUCAAUGCCUGUUUUGAUGUAUUACUCAUAUUUUGAAAUUACUAGAUGAUAAACAAAAAAAUAUGCAAUGUAUCAAAUUUUUAUCAGCGGUUAUCACUUAGCUGAAGUUCCGCGUGGAAAGCCGUAUUACGUUUAUUCAGUUGAAAUGGUUCAUUCAAUCAACGGAACACGACAUUUCGUCGAAAAGAGAUACAGUGAAUUUAAUGCCUUACAUCGUUUGUUGAAAAAAGAAAGCGAAACUGCGCCUUUUCCUCCAAAACGAGUUCGAAAUUCGAAUCCAAAAGUCCUUGAACAUCGACGAGCAGCUUUAGAGCAAUAUAUGCAAAAAAUGUUAAAGCUUUCUAGUACAAAGCAUCAAGUAUUAAAUUUUUUAGGCGUCGAUAAUCAACCUCUUAGAUUGAAUAACACAAGAAUACAAACACUUACUCACCAGCCAAUUUUUCAUUAUAAUUAUGAUCCAUACGUUCAGGCGAACAUAUCGUCCUCACUUCCAGACACAGUUACCAAUGGUGUUUUGCUUGGAAUCUAUGGAUUUAGAAAUUCUGAAUGAUUACCGAAAAUACCUACGAAAGAAAACAAGAACAAUCAGGAGAUUAAUUAGCUAUAUUAGCUAAUUUUUAGAACAAAGAUUUGCUACCUAAGUAUUAUUUUUUAUCCAUUAAUUUUAUUAACUUGACAUUAUUACAAAAAAAAAAAAAAUCACAAAUAAUUUUAUUAUAGAGCGUCUAUAUUUUUUAAAGAAAUGAAUUAUUUAUAUUAUUAAAAAAAAAAUUUAAAUACAUUUAAAUUUAUUUUUGUUAUUUGAAAAAAAACCUAUAUAUAAUUUUUAAAAUAAAAUAUUUAAAAAAAGAAACGUUUACAAUCCAAAGAUAUAAUUUCACAUGCAUCUAAUUAUUUGGAAAAAAAAACUUUGCAAUAAGAAAAAAAAAAAAAAAUGUAAAAAUAAUUAACAGUUUGAGGGUAAAUAAAUUUGUCACUGUUAAUGAAUAUUUAAAUACAGAACUUUCGUUUUUAUUCUGCCAUACCCUCUGCUAUCGUUACAUUACAUAAAACGAUUAAACACUAUCCUAUCACUUGAAAGAAUUAUUAUAAUAUUGCAAGGUUUUUUUUUUUUUGUCGAACCGUCGAUCUUACUGAACGACGUGUCCAUUAUAUAGAAAAUAUGUCUUAUUUAUUUACAAUAUGUUAUCCUCAUUAUUUCCACUUGAAAAAGGAAUUAUUCUUAUUUUUUUUUUCUUGGAUAUAUGUUAUGUAUUAUUUUCAGAUAAGUAUUCAUCGAUACGCUGUACAGUCAUAUCCA